AUGUCAUCCUCAUCUUUGCCUUUUCUGUCUUUGCCUUUGCCUCCUAGUAGUGCAGGUGAUGUUUCAGGUAGCGAGCACUACUAUAAGUGGAGGUGCCACAAUCUUGAGAAGGAGGUUGCGUCUUCACUAGGAAAAAGGAAGAAAGACAAGGUGUCCAUGAAACGCUUGGGACAUGGUAUCCCCAAAGCAGUCUCCCUCUUCCUUGGAGUCGAUGAGGUGGUCAGACAGUCUGACAAGCAUCAGCUCUUGCUUAUCGGAGAGCUUGACGAUGCCAAGUUUGCUGGGAUGACCACAAAGGCAAUAGGAAACUUGAAGCACGAUUGGGCUCGCUUGAACACAGCCUUCAAAGAGCUCGUUCAACUCAUCCCCAACUUCCAGAAAAAGAUUGACAACGAUGAGCCGGCACAACUUCAGUUGUUCUACGCGGAGCUACAGCAUGGAGGCAAUGCUGCACACGGAGAUGACAUAGGCAACAUGAUGCAUAGUGUCGCCAUCUGGGUCAACGAGGCAUUCCCGGGCGCUCACCCCCUCUUGAAUCCAGACGAUCAUGAAAUGCCACCUUGUGGCAUUAAGCACCCUGUCACUGGCCAUCUUCUCUGCCCUGUCAAGUACAAGUGGGAAGACAAAGAGAUUCGGGCCAAGCUUCAAGGUUCUGCCCCAGGAUUUGAGUACUUUGGCAAUUUCCUCCUGCACUGUCUAUUUGAAGACCCUGAAAACACGAUCCAGUCAGAGCAGGGCUUCCUCAAGAGCUCCCUCUUAGUUAAGGUCUUCAAGUUUAUAUUCACGUUGCUGAAGUCUGCAAAGACUGUCAACAUUCAAGAUCCCAAUGACAGCGACAAUGCUGAAGGAACUUCCAACAAGGCAUUACGAACUGCUGGUGGGAGGAGGAAGGGGCAUUGUAGUGUUGCUGAGACUCUCCAGAUGACGCAUGUCACUCCAAGAGCACUUGCAUAUGCUGCAGUACAGCUUAUCCUUGCAUUGUCCGCCAUAAAGCAGUGGACAGACAAUAUUCAUGGCCUCGAUCUGAAGCUAUUCUACGAGUUCAUCAUUGAUUACUUUGAGGAAAUCCCUGCUGCUAACACAACAUGUCAAGAGAAGGUCCGGAGCUUCUUAACUGGUGGAAUAACUUCCAUAAUCCUGAUGCUGGGCAGACAGAUCUUCCCUGGAGUGGUGUCGGCUGCAUCCUCCAAUGCGAAGGAUGAAGCUUCUAGAGGAGUGGGGAUUGUAGUCUUAAUUGCCGUUUAUGCCAUAUGCUCGUAG